AUGCUGUCCAAUCACUUGCCACCAAAGAUUGUUGAAGUAGUGUGUUGCAAGCUGACUCCCUUACAGAUGACACUGUACAACCACUUCACACACUCCAAAAAUAUUUUGUCCCAGUUGAUAUCUGAAGAAGCAAAGAGCACUAAAGUUUUGGCAUAUAUUACUGUUCUUAAGAAAUUAUGCAACCAUCUGAAGGUAAUUAAUUCUAGUUUAAUGUUUCGACCCAAGAUAUAUCUCUUUCAGUGA